AUGGGCCUGGAAUUGAGGAGUAUGGUUCUUGUGAGUCUGGCGAGGAUUUAUCAGACGGGCUUCAAGGUUCGACGCCCAUUAUUGGCCGUGGCGACAACUAACUUUCAAAACAUCAUCAAUGGAGAAAAAACCUCGACUACCGAAAGACGCCACGGCAUAAAUCCUGCAACAGGGGAGCCAAACCCUGACGUCCCCGUCGCAAUCAAGGAGGAUGUCGACAGGGCUGUUGUGGCCGCACAGGAGGCCUUCAAAACCUGGAUUGAUGUUCCUUUUGAUGAGCGCCGGAAGGCCCUGUUGGCCUAUGCUGAUGCAAUUGAGGAGUAUGUAGCAGACUUUGCAAAGCUUCUUGUUCAGGAGCAGGGGAAGCCUCUCCAAUUCGCCGCCAACGAAGUCGCCCAGUCAGCCCAGGUCAUCCGCUCCGCGGCCGACGUUGCUGAAGGCCUCACGGACGAAAUCAUUGAAGACAGUGCGGAGAAGAAGAUCGUCGUGCGACAUAUCCCAAUCGGUGUCGGCGCGGGAAUCAUUCCCUGGAACUUCCCUCACUUACUCACCGUUGUCAAGCUGGCGCCCGCUCUGAUCACUGGGAAUGUGAUCAUCAUCAAGCCAUCGCCAUUCACACCAUAUUGUGGGCUCAAGCUCGUUGAGCUGGCGCAGCGGUUCUUCCCGCCCGGUGUGGUGCAGGCUCUGAGUGGUGAUGACCGCUUGGGGCCGUGGUUGACGGCGCAUCCUGGGAUUGGGAAAAUAAGCUUUACAGGCUCGUCGGCGACUGGCAAGAAGGUCAUGGAGAGUGCCAGUAGGACUUUGAAGAGAGUCACCCUGGAAUUGGGAGGAAAGGACGCUGCCAUCGUGUGCGGAGACGUUGACGUUCAAAGUGUCGCACCCCGGGUCAUCUCGAAAGGGUUCUUCAACUCUGGCCAGAUCUGCCUGGCUGUAAAGCGAAUCUACGUCCAUGAAUCCAUCUACAAUGAGUUCCGCGACGCUGCAGUCGCGUACGCCAAAACUAUCGAGGUCGGCCCUGGCACUCAAGAAGGCGUCUUCAUGGGUCCACUGCAAAACAGCAUGCAGUAUGAAAAGGUCAAGGGAUUCUUUGCCGACCUCACAAAGGAACAGCUCAGCCUUACCCACCCGGACGGCAAGGCUUUUGACAACAAGGCUGGCUACUUUAUCAAGCCCACUAUCAUUGACAGACCAGCUGAGGACAGUCACAUUGCUACGGAGGAGCAAUUCGGCCCUAUUAUGCCUCUGUUCUCCUGGAGUGAUGAGAGUGAUGUCAUUGCCCGCGCAAACAAUACACAAAUGGGUCUUGGGGCAUCGGUCUGGUCGAGGGACCUAGAACAAGCGGCGAGAAUUGCAGCAAAGCUGCAGGCUGGGAGUGUUUGGGUCAACACUCAUUUUGAAGCUGACCUCAGGGCGCCGUUCGGUGGACAUAAAGAGAGCGGCAUUGGGACGGAGAAUGGCUUGCAGGGUUUGAGGCAGUGGUGUAACUUGCAGACUUUGUAUCUUAAGAACUGA